CCUACCCCUGUCCAUAGUAGAAACGCGACUGAUCAAAGUACUUCGUUCAAGUCAUUGUGCCAUCAUCUCAAAUAACAGUCACGCGUACACAUUUUGGAGAGAGAGACGCACACACUCGUUGUCAGUGAGGCCAUACUCUAAUACCAAAAUACAAUGCUGCUUACACGCAGCUGGAAUCCUAUACGGAAGGGUCUCGUUACAGAGCGCACUUGGCGUGCCCUCGCGACUCCAGCAGUAAGGCAUUACGUCGGUUUGGCACCACAGUCGUCUUCCACUGAAAAUGCUCGGUAUUCCAUGGCUGAUCCAGCUGAAAAUGGUCCUCGAAACACCAUUAAUGCCGUUACUUCUGGACUUGGAGCAACUGGCAAAUCUGAACCUGAAUUUAACAUUGUCUCGACAGGUGUUGGUUCGUUGCUGAUGGUCAAGUUACCUCCCGACACCGAUAUCACUGCUGCAACUGGAACCGCCGUUGGAUCCUCUAACCAGGUAUUUUCUAAAUUGACUUUGGACGGUGGCAGCAUCAGUGCUGUUUCCAGAAGAGCUCUUGGCGAUAAGGCAUUCCGCCAAAAGUAUGAAACACGUCAAGAAUAUGGUGAUGUUUUGCUAGCUCCCAGCACAAUUGGAGAAAUCGCAAUCAUCAAUAUCAACGGCAGCACAGAGUACGCCAUGCGACGAGACGCAUUCCUUGCAAAAACUUCACGAGUUUCAGUAGAACUUGGCUUUAGCGGAUUAAAAGGCAAAGAAACGGGUGUCAUCCAACGGAUUGCACACAAAGUUAGAGGUCCCGGUACUAUUGCCAUAUCUCAUUACGGAGGAUUAUAUCGUAUCGUUUUGGAGGAAAAUGAAGAAUAUCUAGUCAAUCCUAGUCACUUGGUAGCAUGGGAUACGCGUACAGCUCCAACGAAAUUAUAUAGAGCCAAACCAGCCAUUCCAUCGCCAAGGUCACGUCUUCGCCGCUAUCACGUUUUCCGCAAUAUCGUAGAUAGUCCUUCUAUGCAGUCGUCUUUGCAAUUUUGGGACGGUGUCUUUAGACAGACCCGCAACUGGGUACUUGGUGCGCCGGUAAGCCGAAUUUCGAAACUGAUUGGCAACUGAUUUCAAACCCUCUUUUCUUAUGAUGCUGUGAACGGUAGGAUUUUGUACGCAUGAAAGGUCCAGGCGACUUCUAUCUCUCGUCCCGAGUGGAACCUCGUUUUGCCAAGUCACGAUUGUAAGGAUGCUUUCAUCAUUCGUCCUAUUGUCAAUAAGGAUCUAAUUUUACUGAAUCGCGUACUUUAUUUUAUUUUUAUUCGGG